CCACCUGAGCCCCGCCGCUCUCCCCCCGCCCGGGCCGCGCCGGAGCAGCUGCUGCUGCUCCCGAGGAUGAAGGAGGGAAGGAAGGCAGAGCAGCCGCUGGAUAAGCACUCUCGGGAUUCUCCGCUCUCCCCGCGCUCUCAGGCGUGCUGACCAUGCUGCUGCCCCUGCCCGUGUGCCAGCCCCGGCGAGGGGCAGAGCUGUAGGGGUUGCCGAGCACAAUCCAUGGACGUGGAGCCCUGUGCCAGCAUGCAGGUGGGCAUGCGGGUGGUGCGCGGCGUGGACUGGAAGUGGGGCAGCCAGGACAGCGGCGAGGGCAACGUGGGCACCGUGGUGGAGAUCGGGCGCGCCGGCAGCCCCACCACCCCCGACAAGACCGUGGUGGUGCAGUGGGACCAGGGCAACAGGACCAACUACCGCACGGGCUUCCAGGGGGCCUACGACCUGCUGCUCUAUGACAACGCCCAGAUCGGUGUCCGUCACCCCAACAUCAUCUGUGACUGCUGCAAGAAGCACGGCAUCCGUGGCAUGAGGUGGAAGUGCAAGAUGUGCUUUGACUACGACCUGUGCACUCAGUGCUACAUGAACAACAAACACGACCUGUCCCACUCCUUCGAGCGCUAUGAGACGGCACAUUCACAGCCAGUCCUGGUGAGUCCUCGACAGAAUUUGACUCGCAUCACCUUGAAAGGGACUUUCCAGGGGGCUAAAGUGGUCCGUGGCCCUGACUGGGAGUGGGGUAACCAGGAUGGUGGCGAAGGUAAAACCGGCCGCGUGGUCGAUAUCCGCGGCUGGGACGUGGAGACCGGGCGCAGUGUGGCCAGCGUGACGUGGUCUGACGGGACCACCAACGUCUACAGGGUGGGGCACAAGGGGAAGGUGGACCUGAAAUGCACCGUGGAGGCUUCAGGGGGCUUCUACUACAAGGAGCAUCUCCCAAAAUUAGGAAAACCAGCUGAGCUGCAGAGGAAGGAGAGCACAGACAGACACCCAUUCCAGCACGGGGACAAGGUGAAGUGCCUGCUGGACAUCGACAUCCUGAGGGAGAUGCAAGAGGGCCACGGAGGCUGGAACCCCAAAAUGGCUGAGUUCAUUGGCCAGACAGGGACUGUGCACAGGAUCACGGACAGAGGGGACGUCAGGGUCCAGUUCAACAGCGAAACCCGCUGGACUUUCCAUCCUGGAGCCCUGACCAAGCUCAACACGUUCUGGGUGGGUGAUGUGGUCCGGGUGAUCGAUGACAUGGAGACAGUGAAGCGGUUCCAGCCCGGCCACGGCGAGUGGACAGACGAGAUGGCCCCUACCCUGGGGCACAUCGGGAAGGUGAUCAAGGUCUACGGGGACGGAGAUCUGCGUGUGUCGGUGGGAGGGCAGUCCUGGACCUUCAACCCUGCCUGCCUGACAGCCUACCAGAGGGAGGAGGAGGCAAACCUCAUGACCACAGAGAGUGCAAAGGAGUCAAAGAGUACUUUGGUGGCUGUUCUGGAGAAGCUGCUGUCCCAGAAGACAGAGUCAGAGCAUGCUGGGUGCCUGGUCAUUUGUGCAGCCCUCAACAACACAUCCAAGGUCCGGGAGCUCCUGCAGAAAUACCCGGACAAGGUCGAUGCCAAGAACCAGGGCAGGACUGCCCUGCAAAUUGCCUCCUACCAGGGGCACCUGGAGGUGGUGAAGGCUCUGCUGCAGGCACAUGCCAGCGUCAACCUGCGGGACGACGAGGGGGACACGGCGCUGCACUACGCGGCUUUCGGAAACCAGGCUGAGGUUGCCCGUGUGCUCAUUGGCAAAGGAGCCAGCACAGACCUGUUGAACAAUGCCAAGUGCACGGCGCUGUACGUGGCUGUGAGCCAGGGCUUCACCGACGUGGUGAGGGCCCUCUGUGAGCUCAACUGUGAUGUCAACCUCCCGGAUUCCCAGGGAGACACCCCCCUGCACUAUGCCAUCACUCUGGAUUACAAAGUGGUUAUUGAGAUUCUCACUGAAGUACCCAACAUAGACUUCACUGUCCAGAAUGGCCAAGGCUUCAACCUGCUCCACUAUUCUGCUCUGAAAGGCAACAAGCUAGCCAUAAAGAAGAUUCUGGCGAGAGCUCGGCAGCUGGUUGACUCCAAGAAGGAAGAUGGUUUCACUGCCCUGCACCUUGCUGCUCUCAACAAUCACAUGGAAGUGGCAGAAAUUCUCAUCAAAGAGGGCCGCUGCGACGUGAACCUCAAAAACAACCGUAACCAGACCCCCCUGCACCUGGCAGUGAUCCAGGGCCACGUGGGGAUGGUGCAGCUGCUGGUGGGCGAGGGCAGCGACGUGAACGCCGAGGACGAGGACGGGGACACGGCCAUGCACAUCGCCCUGGAGCGCCAGCAGCUCAUGGCCCUGGCCAUGGAGAAGCGCGAGGGGGACAUGGGGCCCUCCCUCCUUUCCAAGCUGCAGGCUUCUGGCUUUCUUGGAAAUGUAGAGCUGAAUGUGGGGACUGCAAUUGCCUGCUACUUAGCACAAGAAGGAGCAGAUAUCAAUUAUGCAAACCACAGAGGAAAAUCUCCUUUAGACCUCAUUACAGAUGGGAGGAUUGUCCAGAUUGUCAAAGACUUCUCACAGAAAUUCAGGGAACAGCAGGUUUCUUCGGAGAGCUCCACCAUCACCUGCAGCCUUCGCCGUGUGCACACCACGCCCAACACCAUGACCAACCUCAGCGUGUCCAGCGUGGCCGUGCCCACAGAGUGCCUGGUCUGCUCAGAGCUGGCCUUGCUCAUCCACUUCUUCCCUUGCCAGCACAGUAUUGUGUGUGAAGAAUGCUCCAGGAGAAUGAAGAAGUGCAUCAAAUGUCAAGUGACAAUAACCAAAAAGCUGAAACAAGACAGCACGGAGGUGGAGUGCAGCCCCAGCUCGGAAUCCACGGACCAGAGGAAGCUCAUGGAGGAGCUGCAGAGCCGCUACAGGCAGAUGGAGGAGAGGAUCACCUGCCCCAUCUGCAUCGACGACCAGAUCAAGCUGGUGUUCCAGUGCGGGCACGGCUCCUGCCCCGACUGCAGCACGGCCCUCACCGUGUGCCCCAUCUGCCGCCAGGCCAUCCGGGAGAGGAUCCCCAUCUUCGUCUAGGGCUGCCCCCGGCCCUGCCUGCCCCCUCUGCCUCCUCCCUGUCUGCGUUUUGGGGGUUUGGCUCCCUGCAAAGCCCUCCUGGAGGAGAGGGAGGUGUCACACACGCAGCCGGUGUCCGGAGGUGGCCCCUCGGCACCCCCUCCCCUGUGCUGCUCCUCCAUCCCAUAAACAGCUCUGACCCAUCUGCCCGAGGCAAAAAGAGCCCUUUUUGGAGCAGAGAUGGACAGAAUUCCACGUGGAGAUGUUCCCCACUGGCAUCCAGCUCCAGGAGUGCACCAAGGCCGGUGCCCUGCGGGGUGGGUUCCCCCGGACUGCCCUGGAAGGAGAGGCUGGAGCAGGAUGUUCCUCACCAGUUAUCCCGUGGCAGGGGGAGCAGGAUGUUCCUCACCCCUCAUCCCGUGGCAGGAGGUGGCAGAGCACACACUGCACUUCCCCUGAGGAGAUCCCAGCUCUCCCAGCUGCCUGCCAGGGGCAGGGAGGGAUGUCCUGGGCGUGCCCUCUCCCAACCAGAACCUGUGGACUCCACCAGAACAGAGGCAAACUGGAUGUAAUAAGGUCCUAAAGACAGAGCAUGUGCCUUAGAGAUAAAGUAGUGAACACUGAUUGAAGAAAAUAUGUUGUUACAACAAAUAUUUCUAACCUCUAAGUGACACUCUUCUUCCAUAUUUUAUUUUUUUUUUUUUUUUGGCACAACUGUGUGUUCAGAGACUCCUGAGCUUUCUAUCCAUAAUGCCAAAGGCAGGUGUUAAAUACUCCAAUCAAAGUGUAAAGAAAAUAAAUAGUUAAUAAUUACGAGACGAGAGAGGAGAAGAGGAAAAAAAAAAGGGGGGGGUUCAUUUUUGUUUCUUUGUUUUGCAGCAAAACUUAAUAAAAUAAAGUAUAUAUUUUCCUGAGCAUUAAAAUGAAUGUACAAACAGUAGCUGAAAUGUGGAUCCAGCUGUAUUGUGUUUUCCAACUGAGUGAAGAAAUAUUAUGCACUGAGUCAUCCUGUUAAGUAGCUGUUGGUGGAAGUGUGGCUCGUGUGCCACACGUGUGUCUGUGCACAUACGUGUUUGUGUGGGGUGUUUUUUCUCUCUGAUGACACAAUUAUGCCCAAACACACUUGUUUGUUACGUAUUUGGAGCAAUAUUUAAACCAAGCAAAAAC